AAGAAACUUCCUUUCCCGGCGUGCACCGCAAAGCCCUCCCCUGCUUCUUUACCUCUAUCCCUCCUCCUCAGGUUCUCUAUCGGCGAGUCUGGUAGCUGAGCGUUAGGGUGUAGGUCGUAGUGCGGUGUGAUCCCCCAGAGCCAUGCCCGAGGUAGUGGAUACCUGUUCGUUGGCCUCUCCGGCUUCCGUCUGCCGGACCAAGCACCUGCACCUGCGCUGCAGCGUCGACUUUACUCGCCGGACGCUGACCGGGACUGCCGCUCUCACGGUCCAGUCUCAGGAGGACAAUCUGCGCAGCCUGGUUUUGGAUACAAAGGACCUUAUAAUAGAAAAAGUAGUGAUCAAUGGACAAGAAGUCAAAUAUGCUCUUGGAGAAAGACAAAGUUACAAGGGAUCGCCAAUGGAAAUCUCUCUUCCUAUCGCUUUGAGCAAAAAUCAAGAAAUCGUUAUAGAAAUUUCUUUUGAGACCUCUCCAAAAUCUUCUGCUCUGCAGUGGCUCACUCCUGAACAGACUUCUGGGAAGGAACACCCAUAUCUCUUUAGUCAGUGCCAGGCCAUCCACUGCAGAGCAGUCCUUCCUUGUCAGGACACUCCUUCUGUGAAAUUAACCUAUACUGCAGAGGUGUCUGUCCCUAAAGAGCUGGUGGCACUUAUGAGUGCUAUUCGUGAUGGAGAAGUACCUGACCCAGAAGACCCAAGCAGGAAAAUAUACAAAUUCAUCCAAAAAGUUCCGAUACCCUGCUACCUGAUUGCUUUAGUUGUUGGAGCUUUAGAAAGCAGGCAAAUUGGCCCAAGAACUUUGGUGUGGUCUGAGAAAGAGCAGGUGGAAAAGUCUGCUUACGAGUUUUCUGAGACUGAAUCUAUGCUUAAAAUUGCAGAAGAUCUGGGAGGACCGUAUGUAUGGGGACAGUAUGACCUAUUGGUCCUGCCACCGUCCUUCCCUUAUGGUGGCAUGGAGAAUCCUUGCCUUACUUUUGUAACUCCUACUCUACUGGCAGGUGACAAGUCACUCUCCAAUGUCAUUGCACAUGAAAUAUCUCAUAGCUGGACAGGGAAUCUAGUGACCAACAAAACUUGGGAUCACUUUUGGUACUUCUUAUUAGCUUAUUUGUGUGGUGAUAGCAGUCUUUCUAUAUGUUUCUCCAUGUUAUUUCAUGUCUUGCAGGUAAAGACAUUUGGGGAGACACAUCCUUUCACCAAACUUGUGGUUGAUCUGACAGAUGUAGACCCUGAUGUAGCUUAUUCUUCAGUUCCCUAUGAGAAGGGCUUUGCUUUACUUUUUUACCUUGAACAACUGCUUGGAGGACCAGAGCUUUUCCUAGGAUUCUUAAAAGCUUAUGUUGAGAAGUUUUCCUAUAAGAGCAUAACUACUGAUGACUGGAAGGAUUUCCUGUAUUCCUAUUUUAAAGAUAAGGUUGAUGUUCUCAAUCAAGUUGAUUGGAAUGCCUGGCUCUACUCUCCUGGACUGCCUCCCAUAAAACCCAAUUAUGAUAUGACUCUGACAAAUGCUUGUAUUGCCUUAAGUCAAAGAUGGAUUACUGCCAAAGAAGAAGAUUUAAAUUCAUUCAAUGCCACAGACUUGAAAGAUCUCUCCUCUCAUCAGUUGAAUGAGUUUUUAGCACAGAUGCUCCAGAGGGCACCUCUUCCAUUGGGGCACAUAAAGCGAAUGCAAGAGGUGUACAACUUCAAUGCCAUUAACAAUUCUGAAAUACGAUUCAGAUGGCUGCGGCUCUGCAUUCAAUCCAAGUGGGAGGACGCAAUUCCUUUGGCGCUAAAGAUGGCAACUGAACAAGGGAGAAUGAAGUUUACCCGGCCCUUAUUCAAGGAUCUUACUGCCUUUGACAAAUCCCAUGAUCAAGCCGUCCAAACCUACCAAGAGCACAAAGCAAGCAUGCAUCCCGUGACUGCAAUGCUGGUGGGGAAAGACUUAAAAGUGGAUUAAAGACCUGCCUAUCGAUGAUUUUAGAGAUUUCUCUUUUUUAAACGGAAUUCGUAAAGAAAUAUAAAACUUCAGCUCACAAUUAAAACUGUCUUUUUAGUUUUGACUUUUUAUUGUUUUGUUGGUGAUUUUACUAAAAUAAAGUUGAGGUACUUCUUCUUA